AUGGCCCAACAACCUCUUGCCGAGCCAUUCCGGCACAAGCCGGUGCACGAAUUAGCCUGCCGGUUCUGUCGCACACCCGUGUGCGGGCGCGCCAUGAAAGCCGUUUUACUGGCUGAUGUACAAACGGUGCUCUUCUCGACGGAUACCCUUCCCAAGCGCUGCAUCCUUGUCAACGCAGAGGUUCGCACAGAGGCUUGCCAUUGUCGCAUUCGCGACAUGGCCUGUGACGGGUGUGGCAAUGUCAUUGGCUACCAUGUCACCCAGCCCUGCAGCGUCUGCUUGCAGGCGUGCAACAAUGGCCAUCUUUUCAUGUUCCACGGGCACACCACCAUUGGAGAAGAGCGGCCCAACCUACGGCGCCCCUCGAAGCCCCUUCUUUGGGCCAGCCUGCCGCCCCCCGCCGCCGACCAGCAAGGCACGCACAUGGACACGCCCAGCUGCCUAUACGUUGACUGUUGCCGAUAG